AUGUUCAACCAGUACAUGCAGAAGACUGACAAGGUGUUUCAGCAGAUUGACACUAACUUUCAGAAUCAGCAAGCAUCAAUCAAGAAGUUGGAAACGCAAAUUGGGCAGAUAGCUCAACAGCUUGCAGAACGCCCACAAGGGACAUUGCCAGAAAUACAUGUGAAGAGACCUAAGCGAAAAGAAAAGGAAAUAAUAGGUGAAGAGGCUGGGAAAGAAGUAGAGUUUGAACAACCAACUGACAAGGAAAACGAAAGGAAAGAAACACCUACAGUGAGAGUACCAAGCCCUGUGAAGGCUUAUGUGCCACCAAUUCCCUUCCCUCAAAGGUUACAAAGAAAGAAGUUAGAUAAUCAGUUUGCCAAGUUUGUGGAGAUUUUCAAGAAACUGCACAUCAAUAUUCCUUUUGCAGACGCAAUUGCCCAAAUGCCCAGCUAUGCAAAAUUCUUGAAAGAGAUUCUAUCUAACAAAAGGAAGCUAGAAGAACAUGAGACAGUAUACUUGAAUGAGGAGUGUGCCAGUGUCAAUUUGAUGUCUCUCUCUAUUUACAGGUCUCUUAGAUUAGGAGAAUCAAAACCUACAACAAUCUCUUUGCAACUGGCCGACAGAUUGAUCAAACGACCAAAGGAAAUUAUUGAAGAUGUGCUGCAAGUCAUAUUCAACGUGUUCAAGGCAAUGAAACACCUAUUGACUUCCGACACUUGCUGCCAAGUUGAUGUUCUUAAAGAGCUUGUGGCUGUUACAUUUGAUAGAGAGCAUCAUACAAAUCUUUGUGAGGUAGAACUUACGAAUUGGAAGCAACAAAUGCAGGAAAAGCUGAAUGUGUUGUCAACUUAG